GGCCGCAUGACGGUAAGUGGACAGUGGGCCCCAGGGCUCGGACGAGCCGAAGGGGGCGCUGCUGGGCGGCACGAUCGGCCCUGCGCGGAGUGGUACGUCCCGUGGGCCCCCUCCUCCCGCACGCAGUGGUCGAGCCGCAGAGGAGGAUGGCGAAGCCUCAGAGUAAAGUUGGCAGUUAGUUAAGUAAUCAAAGAUGGCAUCCUACUUAGCACAAGAAGUUCAGCUUGCUAGAAGACAUGACAAGAUACUGUCUCAGAGAUCGGUAUUGCUACAGCAGAUGGAGAAUCAUCUAGGAGACAAAAAGACUGAAAAGACAUCGCAAACACAAGCAGCUGAUGCAGCUUAUAAAAGAAAUGCAGCACUUUUAAAUGAUAUAGAAGCAGCAGAAAAGAGGUUGCAAGCAAGAGUACACCUACAGCCACAUCCUGAUAUUGUUAAGCUUGAAACUCUCUAUUGGGCAUCAGUAGAAGAAUCUAUUCCUAAGUGGGAGCAGUUUCUUUUAGGAAGAGCACAAACGCCUGUUGGUUUUAAGAAAAAGAAAUCUACAAAGUAUAACAUAAGUCACCCAGAAGGAGCUGCACAAAGAUAAAGAGAAAACCUUUGACUUCAAUGGGCAAAAUAAUGCUAUCCGGACAACAGUGUGUCAGGCCAUUAAAUUGCCAUUUAAAUUUAUGUAUAUGAAAAUGAAUCAUGUUUGAUGGGUUUUUUCCAGUUGUAUCUGUGUGGAAGAGUUCAGCUAAACUGUAGUCUGCCAGCUCGAGGAGGCACAGAAUAACAUUUCUCCUGGUAGGAGGAACAGUCCUUCUUGAAAGUGACUUUAUAAGAUCAGAAGUUAGAUACUGGUCUAUGGAAGCCCACCAGUACAAUAGCCUCUUUAAGAUGACAAGAAUUUUAGGUUAUGUAUAAUCCUUCACUUUUGUAUUUUUAAGUACCUUGUAUAUGAAUCUACCUUUAUUUUCUUGAACCUCCUUGGCCCUGGGGGGAAUUUAUUCUGGGAAAGGCAGGCAAUUUACAUCAGGCUGAGGGGAAAGCUUUAGUUUAUGGCUGGUAUCCUCUAUAGGAGCCCAGUGGUAAAGGGUGGAGAGGGCACAUAUUUAAUCUUUAUGUCCCCUGUUUUCCCUGACCAUGUCAGUGACACUGAUUUUUUGGGGGGGAGGAGGAUGGCGAGGGGCUGUGUUGGUCUUGCCCAUAAGCAAUUGCAAUUUCUGUUCCAUUAACCACUGCUGCAUACUCUUCCCCAGCAGACUUCCCAUAUUAGGUUCUGUGCCUGGUUUGCGAAAGCAGAAGCCAAUGCGAAUUUGGGUUGAAUCCAGCCAUGAAGUUCAUUUUACAGACAUUGAAGUAACAAACAUUAGUAUUAUAUUUUGACCAUGUUUCCUUUGUAGUUUUAAGCCAUUGCUUUGUGUCACUUUCAUUUUGUUAAUGUAAGCCAGAGACAUAAUUUAUGGAUUAGGGCAUGGGAGGUGGGGAAGAACCAGACAGAAAGUCAGCCCAACUGAGCGUCCCAAAGAUCACAGAUACUGGAAUAAGAAGGAGGGGCGUUUGCUUUCUAUCGCAGAUUGAGGACAGUUUCUCAGCCUCUGCCUACAAACAUGGAAGGCCAGCCGGUGUUUUUUUGCUUGCAUAUUGUUAAUUAUUUGUAUUCUCUGAGUGCCUAGGAGCCUUCGUCAUGGACCAGGACUCCAUUGUGCUAGGUGCUGUACAAAUACAGAACAAAAAGACAGUCCCUGCCCCAGAUAGCUUACAGUCUGAGGCCAACCCCUUGGUAAAUUAAUGUGCCUGGGAGUCACCGUCCAUUGCUUUCUCAUGUUUGUAUAUAUUGAAAGGCCCAAUUCAGAGAGAAAUCUUUUCAAGUAAAUUACUUAGAAGUCUUUGUGCUUUUUCACUCUUCCAUAGCAAGGAAGCAUGGUGGACUUUGGGGGGGGUUUCCUCCAGAAUGGGAUUUGAGUCAAGAGGAUCAAUAGAAACCAAUUUCAAUAAAGGGUGGUUACUACUUCCCUAGGGCAAGAAGAAUUCAUGUACAUAGUUAUGAAAUGGGGCUACGCAAACCACUCCAGUCAGCUAUAGGCUAACGAAAUUAAUUACCAGGAACUAUUAGGAAUGAUGAGCCCUCACCCCCUUAUUUGCUGUUAGGGGUUUGUCUUUCCCCUACCUCCCCAUUAAGUUUGGGGGGGGGGGUAACCUUGUCCCUAUAUCUGAUUUUUGUGUUAUGGGUGUAUGAUCUAACAGCACCUUUCUUCUACUCCAUGACCAACCUCUACAUAAGUGUCACAGCCCUUUACACUGCUCCUUAAGGAAGGUGCACCUUCUGAAUUUUGCACCUAGAGCAUUAUGUGAAUUUAAUUAAUCGAAUAGGAUUUAAUUAUCCAGUGCUGACUGGCUGUUAGUGAGGAAUUCAUUGCCCCUCAAAAUAGGGAGCAGCCUCUCCAGCUGGAGACCACAGGAAGUCUGAACAGUUUUUGCAAGGGCCAACACCUGCAGAAGCUAUUUUCUGCUAGAUCAGGCUCUUAGUUUGCUGAAUUUAAAUCACUCAAAGAUUCACCCCCCAAAAAAUUCCCCCUAGCUGCACUUUAAAAUGAUUUUACAUGUUCAAAGUUUAUAUGAAACUUUUUCUAUUGAAGUGUCCAUUAAACUGAUAAGUUUUUACAGAAACUGCCAUGUUAGAAAUAUCCUGUUGAGUGGGUGUUGGUGUUUGUAACAAUAACGUUGUUUUCAAAAUAUGUGAUGGCAGAUUAGCACGCUUCUCUGCAGUGUUGUUAACAGUUGUAAUUAAGGAAUAAACAGUAAAGGGUGUCAGUCCGAUGACAAUUCCAUCUAUAGUGUCACAAUACAAAAUGUCACAAAAUAUUAGAACUGUUAUAUAACUACAAAAUAUCAAAUUAGGCUUUCAUCUUAGAAGCAGAAAGCUUAAAAAAAAACUGGCAUAGAGACUGUUGCAAUUUUAUACCUACUCAUUGUUCUGUCACAAAGACAAAUUGGUAAUAUUUUGUUCUAUAAGAUUACAAAGUGAUUCUCAGCCAUACCGUUGAUUUAACAGUAGUGUGCACAGAUUUUCAGUUCUGAAAUUGUAAAUCCAGCCAGAUGCAGAAGUGAUAGAAAAGGAACAAGUUUUAUACAUCAAAGGGGAGCUUUUUGAAAGGGGCAGAGGAAGUUAAGUUCCAAAGAGGAAGGAUGAGUUAGUGGUUAGUUCAGCAGCAAGAGACCUGGAUUCAGUUCCCUGCCUUGCCACAGACUUUCAGGGCAACAUCCACAAAAGCAUUUAGAUAACUAAUUGCAUGUGCCCAACUUGAAAAUUGAGAUCCUUAAACUUGUGGUCAGCUGCUGCCCCACCAAGUAGGUGCCUAAAUUCCAUGGGUGCUGACGUUUCUCUUGGUGCUCAAGUGCAAAUCCACCUUAAGUCCUCAUACCACCAAGCUGUUCAGCAAGCUCAUGCCUAAGGCCCAGCAGGAUUCACAAAGUAAGCAUUUCCCCUGCCUAUCUUGCCGACAAGGCCCGAGCUGGUAGGAAUUCCUAGAGUAUGUCUAUUCAGCAACUAGACACCCGUGUCUGGCCUGUGCCAGCUGACCUGGGCUUGUGGGGCUCACGCUGCAGGCUGUCUCACUGCUGUGUAGACAUCUGGACUCAGGAUGGAGCCCAGACUCAGGACCGUGCAAGGUGGGAGGGUCUCCGAAGGCUACAUAGCAGUUAAACAGCUCUGCAGCCUGAACCCCAUGAGUCUGAGUCACCUGGAACAGGCCAGCUUCAGGUUUUUCUUUGCUGUGUACACGUACCCUCAGAGGCCCCCUUAGAAGCUCCCAAUGAAAGAGGAUGGGAGUUAAGUUCCUACCUCCCAUUCGUGCUUUUGACAAUCUCUCCCUGAAAUUUGAAAAUAAUGAAGUAGUAUUCAACCACAGUGAAAUUUAUAUCCGUUUCAGUUAAUCUGAAAAUGACAACUAAACACAUGGUGAAAUUGUGAAAUGUUGAUUCAGGGAAAGAAUCACAUUCCCAGACUUAGGGUGUCUGAUUUAUGUAGUUAACAGCUCCAGAUAUUUUAACAUUCAUUUAUUUUAGUUAAUUUCAAUCAAUUAAACCAAACUAGGUCUUUUGGAUUGUAAUUCAGUAAGGAUUUUAUAGUGUGCAGAAUGUUGAAGCUUAAAUUGAAAACAAUACUGAUGAUGCUAAACUCAUCCUCCCUUCAGAGACUUAGGAAAUUGAAAUUCCAUAUUGUUCAGAGGGUAUGGCCUUGGAAGCAGCAGAAGUACAGCUACUCUAGUGCAUGGAAAAUUGUAAGGAAAUAUAUCUAUUCAAUGCAGGAAAAUCCAUAGAACAAGAACAGGAGGAAAGCAUGCUGAACUGAGAAGGCAAAAGAGGGCACGUUACUGCCUGUACCACUGUAACCCAAAGUGGUAAGAGAUUAGCACAUACAGAGAUUGUACAUGGACCACGUGGAACAAUAAAGGAAAUGGGGCAGAGAGGCAAACCGCAGGGCAUCUGAGAUGAACAAAUAGGGGUGAUUCUCUCUCCUUCGCUUGAUCGCAGAGCUCAGGGCCUAUUGUCAGCACUGAGGACAAUCAUGCUGUCGCUCAUGCAGCACUUAAUAGACCUUGUCAACCACCCUAAUAUAUUGCUAGGGUUACUGUUGGUCCUGUGUGCCUUAAGUUGCCGUGUAUCUUGGCCCUGAUUCAAGACAGCACUGAAAUGUUGCUUAACUUUAAGCAUGUGCUUAAGUCUUACUGACUCCAGUGGGAUUUAAGCCUGUGCUUAAAUGUGGUCCUGAAUAGGGAUGCUGUCCUGAGCCAGGGCCAUUAUUUGGAACAUAUGAUUCCAAGUAGUCAGCCACAUCUCUGACCCCGCAUCAUCUUUUAUUUUUUUUAGUUAGCCCAUGUAGUUUCCUUUCAGUUCGUAAGUGCUUUUUCACUCAGCACAUGCUGCCCUACAUGCUGUUCUCUCAGGUUCUCCCUUCUGGUCCUUUUACUGCUAGUACUACAACUUAAGCCACAUAGUCCAUGACAAGCUCCUGGCUGAAAAAUAUUCUUAAUUGAGAAAAGCAAUGGGGAAAACAAAUGACUUUACUGUGUGUGGAUUAGCGCUUGUGUGUCUCAUAAGAAGGAAUACUGAAUCACCUUAUUUGUUAAGUUUAUGUUCUGAUGAGUAACCAUUGUACUGACCUAAGAACACAGCCUGAUUCAUGCCCACGUCGUCACCUCCACCACCACAUUUCCUUAGCUGUAUACUUUCUUGAUCACUGGGGAAAGCAGUGCAGUUAGGUAUAUCUUUGGGAUGAGAAAUUCCUUAUUCCUGAAUACUUUCUCGAGCCUUUUGUUAUUUUCGUAUAAGAUAUUUAUAAAAUAAGAGUUUUUAUUAAAUUUUAGUUGCAUUGCAUCCAUGGUUUUUAUAUUCAAGACCAUAUUUUCAUUCAGGCUUCGAGCUAGAUUCUACACUGGAGGCUGCAGUUUUACGCACACACACACACACACGGGUGUGAUGCUCAAACUGCUUUUGUGCAUGCAGUUCAAGUAGUUAGAUGUCUAAAUGCUCAGUUUGGACUUCUGUGCAUUAAACAAUAUUUUAAAAAUCUGACUCUGAAAUUGAGUGUAAUCUUAGAGAUUGCUUCUGAAAAUGUAGCCCUUAAAAAUUAUUUACUACAAAACUAAAGUUUUUAAAAUAUUCAUAUUAUUUUAAUAAUUCAGUACAUGUACAGCUAAGAUACAAGAUAUUACUUAGCCUUAGGAAUUCUCUAAAGAUUUAAAGCAGUUAUGUGAUUUUAAAAUAGAGCGAACAAAUUUCAUAAAUAUGUCUUAUGUAUCCAAAGACCAGAUCCAGGGAAAACGUGUUUUUAAAGUUGCAGUAAGGAGUGAUCCACAUGGCACAAUGAUUACUUUUGUGUAUUCUUAUGCUAUGUCAGAUGUAUAGCUUACAGUAGAAAAGGAGCUAUUCUGGCUCCAAAAGACCAGUAAGGCAAUCCCACUGAUUUAACGGGGGUUGUUUGAAGUGCAAAGCAGUGCUGAGUUUGGCCCAGUAAAUACACGUACAAGAGACCAGCUGCAAAAAAAAAAUUGCUUGUUUAAAAUAAUAUUCCUUCUCCUGAGUUCUCAUUUGACGCUGAAUUGAAAAAGUUAAAGUGCUGUAUGGAGAUCAGAAUUUCAGAAGUUUAUUGCUAAGAAAUCCCAUAUUCUUGCCAAACCUAAAGUGGAGGUGAUCUAUGGAUUCACAUUUUUGUUUCACAACAACACAAUUAAGUAUUUGAUUAUCUAAGAUGUCAUCUUACCAGCAAGAUAUGGAUAUGGAUUUUUAAAAUGCCCCUGUGGAAGAUACAGAUGCAAGAACAAUUCCUUUUUGGAUCCUCCUGCAGUGUGAAGUUUUUGUCUUUGCAAUAUGUAGUACCAUUUACAUUGGGAAUUUGUUAUUCUUUCAAAAACAAUGCUAAAAAAGCUCUUGAGAAUGCUGUAACCUGCACCCAGGGCAUAUAUAAUCUUCUGGUUGUUUUUUGUGAGAUCCACAUAACAGGAGUUUGUCACUGAUCUAUAUUACAUAUGUAGUAAUAACGAAUUUAAUCAUCCCCUUCCAUAACUUUUCACCUAGGAAUUAUUAUGAUCUUAAAAAUUAUUGGGUUUGUUCUUUCUCCUGAUUCCUAAUCAUAUCGCUUAUCAAAGGCCCCUAUUUGAAAGGCCACUGAAUACCAAGAAGUUUGUUUACAUCGUGCUCUUGAAAGAAAUACAAGCCCAGCCAGAUUUCGUAUGAUUGUUUUGUAAAUAUAUUGUAAAUUAAUAAAAAAUAGUUUUUAUUCUCCUUUAAA